AUGGCCGCCCAGAAGAGAAUCACGAAGGAAUUGGGAGAGCUGACCAACUCGCCACCUUCUGGCGUUACGGUCAGCCUUUCGGAUGAAGCGAAUCUCUUCGAGUGGAAUGUCACCAUGGAGGGUCCAGAAGGCUCGCCAUUCGCAGGUGGAGUCUUCAGCCUGAGGCUCGAAUUACCACCUGACUAUCCGUUCAAGCCACCGACAGUUCGAUUCACCACCAAGGUCUACCACCCGAACAUCUCCAAUGAUAGUCCCCCCAACUCUGGUACCAUGUGCCUCGGCAUGCUGAAGCCUGACCAAUGGAAACCUAGUACGAAGCUGAACUCAGUUCUGGAGUUCACUCGCCAGCUGCUCAAGGAGCCUAACCCAGACGACGCUGUCGAGGCCAAGAUUGCAGACCUCUAUCGACAAGACAAGGUAACGUACGAGAAAGAAGCACGCGAAUGGACCAAGCGAUACGCCAUCGGCAGUGCGAGCAAGAAAUAG